AUGCAUGUAAACUCUGGUUUAUCAUGAUGCAUAAUUUGCUUCUUAUCCAAAAAAAAAUCUAAUUUCAUGAGAGCAGAGAAGUUAUUGAGUGCAGAAAGACACACUAACAAUGUUUCCAUCCACUGUUUUUAUUAUAGUCAAGUUAUUCCGUAAAUAAAUAAAAAUAUCACGAACCAGGAAGUGUUGGUACAUUUUUAUAAAUGUCGCCAAUUUUGUUAGUUCGACAUGGUGGGAUCUUUAUGUCUGUAAAAAUAAUUAUGCCACUAAUUGCGUCGGAAACAACUUCUUGCACAAUUGUUGAUAGAAUAACCAUCAUGUUGAUGUAAAUUUACAGUCACACGAUGCUAUGUUGUGUGGUCCUCCCACUGCAACUUGAAAAUCAUGCACUUUUUAACCUACAGGGUGGUGAAAGUGGACAGUGAUGAGCUUGAUGCUCCUUUCCAAUAAAUAUUGAGGGUCUUAAUUUUAUCCCAAGCCGUGUCCUUGGAGCAUGUGCAAACCAGCUGGCUGGAGUGUUUAUGGACAUUUUCAAUCUCUCCAUAUGGAGUCCGACAUAUAACAAAGAAGACAUUACAGACAAAAUACUUUACAAUUUACAUACAUUUAAAAACAUUAACACAUGUAGUGUGUGUGUGCAUCUAUCAGUUACACAUACAGUUGAAGUUGGAACAAACUAGUGUGUUGUUAUUAUUAUAAUAAUUUUUUGUACACAACUUAAGCACAAAAGUGUUUUAUGUGCGCUAUGUCAUCACGCGCUGCAUUUUAUCCGCAACAAAGUCAGUCUGAUGGAAACACCUCUGGUUGGGAAAUGCACUUUUUUUUUUACAUGCAUAUUUUAUCAUUUUUGCAUGAAAUACUAUAGCAAAUAUUAUGGAAACCUAGCUACCGUCAACAGUGCUGCUGUCGUCUUUCCCUCCCCUUUGGGCUCCUACAGUAGAGCACUGGUCAGGCCAAUCCACACUCUGAUUUGGGUGUUUGAGACAUUGCCACCAUUUGUCAGGGAUAUCGCUACACUCUAGGCUAAUUAUUUUCCUCGACUCACGUACGCAUCACUCAGUCUAUGCCGGCCUAUGUUUAUUGCUGAGGUAUAGCAGGUCUGUUUUUAUAUAAUGGUAAAAUGUUGACCUUUCUAACCUGUUAGUUGUCCAUGGGAGAGGAAGCCUAAGCCAAUGUCAACGAAGGCUGUUACAGGUUGAGUGACGGCUGUGUAUGUCUGUACUCUACCUCAGCUUUGCACAUCCACCACCUUCGCCUGACGGCAACACAGCCAACAGCUUCCUGCCUGCUCAAGGCUUGCACCUAUUUUACUGAUAAAUUCGAUGACUUAACAUUGUCUCAUCCUCAUGUCACUCCCACUCGAACCCACAUGCAAUAUAGACAGUAUUACUAUUGGCCCAAGAAGUUCUUACCUGAUCUGUUGUCCUGAAGUGCUUGCUCUGACAGGGCUCUGCAAGAUACCAAAUGCUCAAUCACUGCAAUACAAUAAACUGUUAAGUCACUGCCCACUUUCAUUAUGGCCAAGACUAGGCUAAUCAUUGAGCUACAGUCAUUAUAAAAUUGAUUCCUCUUUUCAUCGGUCUUUAAUUCAACUUUAAAAGUACUUCCUGUGCAGUGCACCUUGCUCUUUGCAAUGCCAGCAAUGUAAAUACAAAGUAAAUGCUCUUCCAAGUACGACUGUGAGGUGAUGAGUAGCAAUGAUGAGUUAACAAUGUUGGUACUUGGUAGGGGAACAGUGGGAGUGAUGAUGUCCUGGUUUGGUCCCUCUGUUUCAGGAGCUGAACGACCUGGGCAGGGACCCUCCUGCACAGUGUUCUGCCGGCCCGGUUGGAGACGACAGUAAGGCCAAACUGAGCACUUGUAUUAGGCCUAACAUAAUUUAUAAAAUGUGUAAAGCGCUUUUCAUUAUACAGAAUAAUCUCAAGUGCAAAAAAUAAAUUAUCAACAGCAUGGCAUCUGAAACAUUCCUCAACUGUCUCCCUUUCUGUUUUGGCAGUGUUUCAUUGGCAAGCUACAAUUAUGGGGCCUGUGAGUAUCAUUUAUAAAGUGUUUCCUCGUUGAUGAAUUUGAAGUUGCAUUCGCUUUGGCUGCUCAGUGUGACCAUUGAGAUUUAAUUUUGUUUCCUUUUCAGAAUGACAGCCCAUACCAAGGAGGUGUUUUUUUCCUGACUAUUCAUUUCCCUACAGACUACCCCUUCAAACCACCUAAGGUAAUUAUUUCCGCUCUUGUUCCUAUGUUUUAUAAUUAAUCGUUUUCUUGAUGUAUGUAGAAGAUUGAGGAAUGAGGUUUCUGUGGAUCAAUGUGUUUGAUUGCUCCUCCAACCUUUUCAUUGCAGCUUGCAUUCACCACAAGAAUUUAUCACCCAAAUAUUAACAGUAACGGCAGCAUCUGUCUGGAUAUUUUGAGAUCACAGUGGUCUCCAGCAUUAACUAUCUCUAAAGGUAGGGUGUUGUUUUUCAUUCUUUGUGCCCUUUGUGUUACGCAUUUUUACCAUGACUUCAUUUCGAUUCACAUGCCUAAGAUCCACUCCUAAUCCUUCUUUUUAAUCUCCCUUUCAGUACUUUUGUCCAUUUGUUCACUCUUAUGUGACCCCAACCCUGACGACCCGUUAGUGCCAGAGAUCGCCCGUAUCUACAAAACAGAUACGGAAAAGUUAGUAUACUGUAUUCUAAUCAUUUGUGAAAAAUAUAACUUUUUGAUCCGAAGGCGUGAACAAGAUCGGUGCCGAGUGAGUUAUACCCUAUAAUGUUAGAUCUAGAUACUUAUAAUAUAGGACUUUUCCUUCUGCAUCAGGUAUAAUAGACUAGCGAGAGAAUGGACAGAAAAGUACGCUAUGCUUUAGGGUAAGACUGCCCUGCAUCGUCGAGAGAGAGGACAUUGUUGUGGGUUCUGACAUUUAUGCUAUUGACAGCACUUCAACUAACUCAAUGAGGCUGACAUAUUUUGCCACUAAAUACAUUUGCCUUGGUGGAUGGUGGCUUGGCUCUGACCUGUAUUCCCACUGUCUAAUUGUCUGUCUUGGACUGUUUAUUGACAGUAUUUGUAUGCCAUUUUGGUGGGACUAUGUGAGAGUCCUCUGUGUGUGAACAUCAUGCAUCUCAGGUUUAUCUUGGGUGGUUGCUGUGUUGUAAGGCAUGGUGUUGUUCUUGAAGCUCCACCCUUUGUCUAUUGUGGAUUGAUUUAUUUUCUGUUUUCCACAGGUACAACAGAAUAGCCCGGGAAUGGACUCAGAAGUACGCCAUGUGA